AUGGAUAAAUCAUUAAUUAUAAGAUUAUUUAAUAAUAAAUUUUUAUUUAACUAUAUCUUUAUAGAUUGUUUUAAAUAUAUACAUAGUUUAAUAUUCUCAAAUAAAUUGAAUAGUAAAACCUAUAGGUGGCAUGAAUUGAUUAAUAAUACAGAGGUGAUCGCUGGUAAUGGUUAUUUAGAUUUGUUGCAUCAAUACUUUGAGAGAAACAAUAACAACAAUAGUAAUUGUGACAAUAUAUGCAGCUCUAAAACCAUUAUCAAUGCAAUCAAGUUUGGAAGUCUGAGAAUGCUACGCUAUCUUAUGGAAGAAGUAAAGAUUGAUGUACUAAGAAAAGAUAAGUUGUUAAACUAUCAUAACGAUGUGCUUCGCUAUGCAGUGCGAUACUCAAAGUUUGACAUUAUCAGAUACCUCUGUGAAGAGUCGGUAGUAGCAACCAAAUUGAAUUUCAAUCAAGCAAUGAUAGAAGCUCCGUUUUCACAUAGCAUGGACAUUCUAAAGUACAUAAUGGAGCGCGAUUCAAAGACAGCGAAAUUCAGUAGUACCAUUGAGUAUACGCGAUUAACCGUGUCACCUUUUGAUACGGCUGCCAAAGUAGGUCGAGUUGACAUGAUCGACUAUUUAGCGACAAACAGAUCCAGUGACCGAAAGUACAGUAUGAUGUAUCAUAAUGCGAUCAUAGCAGGACAUGAUAACGUAGUGGAGUAUUUAUUACGUGAGAAUAAGGAUGUAACGUCGUUCAAUGAGGAUGAUGAAGUCGAUAAUCUCUUUGGUUUGGCGGCAAGAGAGAACAAUUUCAAUGUUUUGCAAAUGCUUUACAAUCAUAAUAUUGUCACCAAUCCAGAAGAAGCAAUAGAAGGUGCAGCUGAAAAUGGUAAUAUAGAGAUGCUGAACUGGAUCAACGUUAGGAUACCAUCAUGUCCAGUUGGCAGUGCGAUCAAUAAAGCAUCUUGCAAAGGUCACUUGAAAGCAAUAGAAUGGCUAUUCGAAAAUAAAAGUGAUCAAAUAGCUAGUCAAAAUCCUUUUGCGCAAACGAAUCCAAUUGUUGAUGCUGCAAUUUUUGGUAAUUUAAGCAUCAUUCAAUGGUUCCACUGGAAUCAACAUCAUCACUUUCAAUUCAAUUCGAAUGUUAUGCACUCAGCUGCUUUGAAUGGUUUUACUGAAAUUGUAGCUUGGCUGCAUCAGAAUCGCACUGAAGGUUGUAAUUCGAAUACAUUUGACAUCACAGUAAAGAAUGAACACUUUGAUGUUCUUAAAUAUCUUCAUACUCAUAGAAUUACCAGUGCAACUGAUAAGGCAAUGAACUAUGCUAUUGAAAGAAAUCGAAUGGAUAUUUUAAUAUGGUUGCACGAGAAUCGUAGUGAAGGUUGUUCAACACUGGGAAUGGAUAUAGCUGCAAGAGAUGGAAACUUACCAGUCGCUCAAUGGCUCCACAAUAAUCGAACUGAAGGCUGUUCUAGAAUGACAUUACAUUUAGCUGUUAAAUAUGGAAAGCUUGACAUGGCUGAAUGGCUAAUGGCAAAUAAAACAGAAUGUACAAUUCAAUCGAUAUCAUACAAUGAUCAUCUAACUCCUAUAUUGUCUAAUAUCAUACGAAACGAUGAUUAUCGAGCAAUGGAAUGGCUUUUAAAGAGAAUUCCGGCUGAAGGUAUUGAACAUUAUAAACAUUGGGAACCAAAGCCUCAUGCCUCAAAUAAUACAGCAAAAUUAAUGCGUAGUUUUAAUCCAAAUAAUAAAUAA